AUGGACAUCGAAGAUAUUUUUAUUCACUACUUUAUUUCCCGAGACACAAAUGAUGCGGCGAAAGGCGUUUCAUCGAGGCACAUCAGAGAUUGGCUCCGGCCGGCAAACGACGAAAUACAUCACGCUCAUCCCUUUACUCGUCUCUAUCGGGAAUCAAUUAUAUGGCACGUCAUGGUAAAGAGAAAGGCCUCUUGCUGCCUUUGCUCGUGCGACUCGCAUAUGAUACGUUCAUCAUAUGAUAGCGAGCUGGGACAACAAUGA